ACACACACACACACACACUUUUUUCUCCUGCCUCCUUAAUUUCCCUCAGAAGCAGUUAAUUCGGUUUCUUUUUCCCUGCACACUCUGGUUUUAGCAUGUUGAAAACAGACCAGACUAAUAAGUACUAAUUUACGUCAAAUCUUGCCAGGGCUCUUUGUUCCUCUGCGGCCUCAUCAGCUCACCCUCCAGCUUCUGCUCAGCAUUCAAUUAAAGUCCCUCAUCCCAUCAGAGCAGAUCACAUCAGUGCUGCACCUACUGGCUGCUCUGCUUGACCGGACCCUGCCUGCUUGUCUGUCAGCCGCCCAGCACUGUAGUGGACACUGAGGUGGUAGAUGUACCGUAAUCCUGGCAAAACCCAUUAUGUUUCUGUUAAGCCACCCAUUUGUCUCUCUUUAUUUUGCAGAGAGACAAAGGGGUGAAGUCCACCAAUGCUGUCAGCCACUAUCCCAGCCCAGCUCUGCUCCUCACAAGAUGCUGUCAGAUAUCUGAGCAGCAGGUCAAGUCUGAGUUGGUGCAGAGGUUCAAGAUUCCACAAGUGUUGGCUCAUGAACCGGGCUGUGUUUGACAGGGCCUGGGCAUGGCUUGCAAUGAGAAGUAUAAAACCUGAGACUGACCUACAGGGAAUGCAAACAAGGUGGAUUUACUGUGAAGUGCAGUAAACCACAGACAGACCCUGUUUGAGCAUUUCUUUCAUCACUCCUCAGAGAACCAGAGGAAAGACACUUGCUGCUGCCACCAUGAGCCGUAGCCCAGAGAGGAUCUCGUCCUACCGCCGUCACUUUGAGGACAGCAGCAGUUCAUCCUACCAGGUCAGGGUGUCCAGCCCGUCACCCAUUAGGAGAGACACCCGCCAUGCCUCCGCCGGUUACCCCUGCAGAGCCGUGGCCAGCAUCAAGCGUGUGGACUCAGUGGGUCGGAGGACAGUCUCAGCUGCACGCAGGACUCGUGUGAUUGGAGCAGGUGUGAGUGCAGGAGCCAUGGUAUGUGUUGGGCUAAGCGGAGAGCCUGCUAUGGAUCUGAAUGUGGCUGCAGCUGAGAACCGAGAAUUUCUCAACACCCGCACAAGUGAAAGACAGGAGAUGAUUGUCCUCAAUGACAGGCUGGCUGUAUACAUUGACAAGGUUCGAUCACUUGAGCAGCAGAACAAGCUACUAGAAGCAGAGAUCAUGGCCUACCAGAACCGCUUUGAGAAGCCAACAGGUUUGCGCCUCUUAUAUGAGGAACAGCUGAAGGAGCUGAAAAAGAUCGCUGACCAGAUGAGAGUUCAGCGGGACAUCUCCUUGGCGGCUAAGGAGUCCACAACUGCUCAACUAGAGGCAAUAAAAAUCAAGUAUGAGGAGGCAGUGGAGCUGAGGAGGAAAGCUGAGUUAGACAUUGAAGCUUUACGUCCAGAUGUUGACAAAGCCACCUCCUCACGCAUUGCCUUGGAGAAGAAACUGGAGCAAAUGGAGGUUGAAAUUGAAUUCCUAAAACGGGUCCAUCAACAGGAAAUUGAUGAACUCAUGAAGCAGAUCUACACAGCUCGGGUCUCAGCUCAGAGUGCAUUCACUGUACCUGACCUGGCAGCUACUUUGAAACAAAUCCAGACUCAAUAUGAUGACAUUGCAGCCAAAAACCUCCAGGAUAUGGAUUCAUGGUAUAAAGACAAGUUUGAAGAUCUCACGGAUAAGACUACAAGGCACCUGGAUAAAGUUCGAAGCUUCAGAGAACAAAUAGCUGGUGCCAAAAAGGAUAUCCAAAGCAAAGAACGUGAUCUGGAUGUCCUGCGUACCAGGAAUGAAGCUCUCGAGGCCCAGAUCCGAGAGACACAAGAAAAGUACAGGAAGGAACUGGAAGACCUGCAGGCUCGGAUUGAGGCCCUGCAGCUUGAGCUGAAAUCCACCAAGGAGAAAAUUGCUCUGCACCUGCGUGAGUACCAGGACCUCCUGAAUGUCAAGAUGUCUCUGGAGAUUGAGAUUACAACAUACAGAAAACUUAUUGAAGGAGAGGAUCUGCGACUGUCUGGCAUGGUGCAAACCCUGUCUCUGGCCAACUGCAGCACAAGUGCCAUUGGUGCUGGAAUGAGCUUUAGUGGAGGAGGUAUGGGUGGUGUUGGUGAAAUGGGUGGGGGCAUGGGUUCUGGAAGCAUGGGCACUGGUUCAGGCAGUGCUGCUGGAGAAAUGGGUGGAAGAGGUCCGAGUGACAAGAAGGGUCCUGUUGGUAGGGCAGGUGGGGAGGACGUGGGAGUUGCUCGUGGACUGCAAGCUAGAGAUAUAAAUGGAGGUGUAAGAGCUAGUACAGAUGGUGCGGGUGUUGGUGGAAGAAUUAGUGGUAUUGGCUCUGGUGCUGAAAGCUUUGGUGCUGGUGUGGGUGCUGCAGGUUUGGACACCGGGACUGGAGUUGCUAGUACUGGUGGUGGAGGCAAAGGUGACAGUAGAGUGGGUGGUGUUGGAAUGAGUGCAGAUGGCGGCACUGCCGGUACAGGUAACAUGGGUACUACUAGCACGGGGGUCACUGGAGGAAAUGGUGGUGUUGGUAGAGGGAUGGGUAAUGGAAUUGGUGGAAGCAUAGAUAGAGAUGGAGAUAAAGAUAGUGGAAUAGGUCCUACUGGAAUGAGUGGCGGAAUAAGAGGCAGUGGAAGAACUGAGAGUGUGGGUGGAGGUGAUGUGGGUGGAUUAUCAGGCACUAGUGGAAUGGUUACGGUUGGUGGAGGUGUGGGUGGUGUUGAUAUGGGACAUGGAUCCGGUGGAUAUAACACCAACAGUGAUGCCUACCCAGAGCAGGCCGUGGAGCUGACGGAGAGAAGGACAGUGCUCAUCAGAACAGUCAAAAAUGAGGAUGAUGUGCUGGAGACGGACCACCAGGAGCAAACCUUCACCAUCACUGGUGCAGCCAAUGACGAUGACUGACCAGCACGAAUUCCCAAGUGACCUCCUGUCGCCCUUAAACCUCCAUGCCCCUCUGAGCUUUGCACUGACCAAAACCCAUGUCUGGGCGCUGACCUUUGCCCUUUGCCCUGGACAAGAAGACCAUGACUGACCCUUUGCUAGAGUGAAACCUUCAUUUCAUAGGGUUUAAAUUUGCUUCACUAGGAACACUGAACAUGGUCUCUAAACUUUUGUGUGCCUUACACCUCCCUCUUGUUUUCGACUUGCUGCAAA